AUGUCAUGGGUAGUGGACAACGCUGAACCGCUGCUCGAUUUUGAGAGGCCGACACUUCACAAAGUUGUUCACGUAGGUGGUUUGAGUGUGCAUAAACCCAAACCACUGAACAAGUGGGAUGAUAUACUGAAUCGGAGAUCCCACACAGUAUUGAUCUCGUUCGGGAGUGUUGCUCGAAGUGCACUCAUGCCCGAUCCGAUGAAGAAGACAGUCCUCGAUGUGAUUAAAUCGUAUCCGAAUAUAACCUUCAUUUGGAAAUAUGAAGAACCUGACGACAAAAUGUUCAAAGCAAUUGGGAACGUGAUACCUACUAAAUGGAUGCCGCAAGGCGAUUUGUUAGCUGACAAUCGUCUGACCCUGUUCGUUACACAUGGUGGCGUGAACAGUAUGAUGGAAACAGCAACGCUUGGGAAGCCUGUCAUCACGAUCCCAUUAUUCGCUGAUCAGAGCAAGAAUGCGAAAUUGAUGCAGAAAUAUGGCUUUGGUAUGUGA